UCUCAGUGCCGUGGUCGACCCAAGUGGACGUUUUCUCCGUGUCUGCUCCGUGAAAUUCGUGAAAACCCCCGUGAAUCCGAAUCGCGAUUUUGUGUGUAGGAAUUUUUCCUUCCAAGCUUUCCCCCGACAACCCACAACCACCCACCACUGUGAAAUUUUCCCCUCGUCAGAAGAAAACUGUGUGCGUGUGAGUUUGUCGUUUUGCUUCGGCGGAAUAUCAAUGAGAGGCCGUCGUCGCGAGUGCCACACCCGAGUGCCGCAGAGUUGAGCGCGUUGAUCCUUCUGCUUCUCCCCCUUGCUCCCCCAUCACCAAGUCCUGGAUCCUGGAACAGUGAGACCCCAAUCAGUGAAGAAGAAGAAAACGAAGACGAAGAAGACAGAAAUCUUCCCGUGUGUGUGUGUGCGUGUAACCAAUUAGGCCAACAACAAAGCAAAAUCCAGCCAAGUUGGAAGGUAAAAUCUUCUCGGCGGUGAACAGCUUUCUCACUGCGUCGACCUUCGUCAAGGAUAUCCGGCAACUGAUUAUGACUCGACAAACCAACGACCCAAACAGCGCCGAGCAGCAACAACAGAGCGAACCCGAAUCGAACCAAAGCAGCACGCACCAGAGCAGCAGCCACAGCUACCAGCAGCCGUCGUCAACGCAGCACCGGUUGGCCGGAUCUCCGUCGAGUAGUGCCAACGCGAGUCCCGUGAUCGGCCGGAACAUGCCCCGCCACCAGCACCAGGACACCGCACCCAGUGACGAUGGGACCUCGAGCAGUCUGGACGGGAGUGUCUUUGCCGCCGACGGAACUCCGACCGCUUCGGGGGCGUUGGCCAGGACGCGCCGCUCGCAGACCUCGGAAUCGAUCACCUCCAGCAACUUCAACUACAGUUUGAACCGGAGGUUCAUCUCCAAGAACCAGAUGAAAGAGUUCCGGGAGGCCUUCCGGCUGUUUGACAAGGACAACGACGGGUCGAUCACGAAGGAGGAGCUGGGCACGGUGAUGCGAUCGCUGGGGCAGUUUGCCCGUGUCGAGGAACUGCAGGAGAUGCUGCUGGAGAUUGACGUCGAUGGUGAUGGCAACGUCAGCUUCGAGGAGUUUGUCGACAUCAUGUCCAACAUGACCGACACGGUGGCGGAGGCAUCCGCCGACCAGGAGGAGCGCGAACUCCGGGAUGCGUUCCGCGUGUUUGACAAGCACAACCGGGGCUACAUCACGGCGUCGGAUCUGCGGGCGGUUCUGCAGUGUCUGGGAGAAGAUUUGGACGAGGAAGAAAUCGAAGACAUGAUCAAGGAGGUGGACGUCGACGGCGAUGGACGGAUCGACUUUUACGAGUUUGUGCACGCCCUCGGAGAGCCGGAAGAUUCACAGGAGAACGACGACGAGGAGGACCCCCUGUCACCUCCGUCACUGUCGUGUGACGUAAACGCCUAAACGUCAGCAUUCCUAAUUCGAAAAAGGGUUAAAUUUGAUAGAAGAGAAAAAAACAGCAACAAACAAACGAUAUCACAUAUUUACUAUCUUGAGCAAAUAUUUCGCUUACU